UUUUACUCGUUUCCUCCCCCACAGAUCCACAUCCUCCUCCGCCGGCGCCGGCCACCCCGACGGCGGAGCCACGCCGGGUCGCCCCUCCUCCCCAGUCUGCCAGCCCUAUCCCUUUUCCAUGGAGCCGAGCGCCGAGGAGGCCGCCGCCAAGUGCGCCAAGCCCUCCCCCGCCGGCGAGGACAGCCUCAGCGCGCUCCCCGACGACGUCCUCGUCCUCAUCCUCCUCCGCCUCCCCACUCGCGACGCAGUUCGGACCAGCGUCCUCUCCCGCCGCUGGCGCCGCGUCUGGGGCCUCCUCCCGGAGCUCCGCUUCUCCUUCACGGAGCCCCACGGCAUCCGCGGCGCCCUCGCCGCCUCUGCGGUGCCCCUCCGCUACCUCCUCGUCGGGGGGCUGCGGGGCGCCCCGGCCGAAUCCAUAGCGACCUGGCUCCCAGCCGCUGCGCGCUGCCUCACCGGAGAACUUACCCUCAUCGACAUGGGUAGCGCCGGAGGGGAGUCCGAGGAGAGAGGUGUCCUUGAGCUGCCCUGCUUCGACAAGGCCACCUCCAUCUCGCUCGACCUAGGGCUGCUCGCCCUCUCCGUGGCGCCCGCCGGGGUCUUCGCCCGGCUCACCGAGCUCUCCCUCAUCCGUGUCCGGUUCCACGGACCGUGCGAGCUCGGCAGAGCCGUCUCGUCACCGCGGUGCCCGUGCCUGCAGAAGCUCACAGUAAAGGACUCCCGGGGGCUGGACAAUCUCGCCAUCAAUUCCGAGUCUCUCAAGCUGGUGGAGCUUCGGCAGCUGCGUGGCUUGCGGCAGCUCACCAUCAUGGCGCCGGUGCUCCAAGAGUUAAUUGUGGUGAGCUGCUUCUCUUAUGAUCAGACUCGACAACCGGUCGCAAAUAUCUCAGUUCCUCAGCUGGAAUCGCUCUGGUGGGCGGAUGCUUAUGAUCCAAGUUCCGUGCAUCUUGGCAAGAUGGAGAAUCUCAAAUCGCUGAGCACCAUUUUUUGUGUAUAUGGACCAGAGGGCUUUCCACAAAAUCUUUCGUGUCUAAUGUUAAUGUCGCGUGUUAAGGUCAUCGAAUCUCUUACUCUCGGACUGGCCUAUCCGCAGGAGAUAAAUUACUACCAAUACUUGAUGGAAGACAUGACAAUACUCCCUGACAUUACGUCUUUGCACCUGAUUCUUAAUGUGGGAGGACAUUCCUGUGGGGCCUGUACAUUCCAUAUUCUCAGGAUGUCUCCUGGUACAAAACGGCUGAUAAUGGACAUGUCUUCGCGUUUCAUCUUGGAGGCACAAGCUGAAUGCCCACAGGGCUGCAUUUGUGAUCAGCCAUCAAACUGGAAAACUGAGGAGCUCAAGUUGAAUUGUCUCCGUGAAGUGGAAAUCCGAGAGUUCAGAGGGUCAGAUCAUGAACUUGUUUUUCUGAAGCGACUGUUCACUUGGGCAAGGGCAACAAGCCUAAAAAGGAUAGCAGUAGCUUUCAAACUUUCAGUUGCUGAAAGCACAAUUAAGGAGUUGUGCAAGAUGUUGCGAACCUUCUCCAGGCCAGAAAUAUGCAUGGACUUUUAUGUGUAUCAGGACAUGGUUAAGGUGUUGUAUGCAUGUGAAGACUAAGGCGCUACUUCAAGCACUAGGCAUAUUUUCUUUUCUUAGUUUUCUGUACGGCCUGUACUCAGAAUGUUAUUGGAUCCAUAUAAAACUGUUAAGAUCCUUCAUUCUAUGUUUUCAAUUGCUUUAUGUUUGGUUCUUA